CCAGUAUGUGUAUGUUAGGUAUUGUCUCCAUGAGCCUCAACCAGUCAGUCGGAAGGAGUUAUCGCUGAUUCAGCUCUUGAGUCAAUCAAUUAGUAACUCAGUCUCCUCGAUGGCUGAAGAUGUGUGUUAUUCUACUGUAAUUUUCUCUCAUAGAUCCCCUUCUGGAGCAGAAGUGAAACGGGACGAUGUGAUCUACGCAGAGGUGAACACAACAGGGACUCUCUCAACCGAGAGAGGGACCCCUACUGGCGCAGUGUCCGUGUCCACACUGAGAGCUGAUCCCAACACCACUCUCUACAGACUGGCCACAGUGUGCCUGGGGCUGCUGUGUGCAGUCUUACUGACCAUCAUCAUAGCCCUGAGUGUGAACUACACUGGUGUCACUGAAAGCCUAUCUCAGGCUAACUCCAGGAUGAAGAAUGAGCUGGACUGGCUUAAAGAGAACUACAGCAGCCUUAUAGCAGCCAGUCAGGUGUUAUGGACCAACUACAGCAUUCUGGCUGCAGUAAAUGACAAAUUACAGAAUGAAAAAGCCGAGCUGCAGAGAAACACAAGUGGACUCCAGAGCAUUAUAGAAAGGUUUCAGAUGGAAAAUGACAGCCUCCAGACAAAAAUUAAAAUACUUAACAGGCAUGUCACUGAAAUCUAUAAGACAUUCCCCAGUCUAGAAAAAUAUUGCUCAUUUAAAGAUGUGGAGUCAGAGGAGUGGGUCUGUAACCCAUGUCCCCGGGGCUGGGUGUUCUUCAGCUGCAAGUGUUAUUACUUCUCUAUUGAUGAAAAAAACUGGAAGGACAGUCACACUGCCUGCAAGAAACAGGGAGCUGAUCUGGUUAUUAUAAACAACAGAGAGGAGCAGGAAUUCAUCUGGAGGCAAACUAAAGGAAACAAAAAUAAGUGGAUUGGGCUGACUGAUGCAUCUAUGGAAGGGAUCUGGAUGUGGGUAGAUGGCAGUAGAUUGACUACAGGGUACUGGGACGAUAAUCAGCCCAAUAAUCAGAAUGGAAUCCAGGACUGUGUGGUGGCUGAUCCAAAAUCCCAUUCCUUUCAAAACUGGAAUGACCUGGACUGCAAUUCUUCCUGGCAGAGAAUCUGUGAAACACAGGCUGUGUUUAGGUGGUUAAUAGUAGAUAGGCCCUGUAUUAAGUCAGGCGACUCGUCAGUGGGUCAGAAUACUGCUGUGAUAGAGCAGUGUUUCAAAAGGUGCAUUAUCGGUCUGGGCUCCGAUCAGUCCCUGUCAACUUUCUCCAUGUCUGACGAACUGCAGUGUGUUACCUUGAAGCCUUCCCUGGAAUCUGGAUCUGGAGUGCAGGUUCCUGCAGUGAAACCUGCAUCCAGUCCUCCAUACAGGUUGGCUGCAGUGUGUCUGGGAUUGCUGUGUGCUGUCCUGAUGAUUGUCAUCAUAGCCCUGAGUAUCUACUUUGGCAGUAUUGCCCAUAGUGCCAGUGAGGACCACAGGAGCCAGAUCCAGACUAAUUCCCUGUUGAAGGAGGAACUGGAUCAGCUCAAAGCGGAUUACAGCACAUUGAUUGCAGCCAGUGACGAGUUGAAGAAGGAGUACAGCAACCAGACUGCAGCCAAUAGGAACUUGAGCAGAGAGAAGAUGCAGCUCUUCACUCAACUCUCGAAGAAAUUCCCCAUUUUGGAUCUUUACUGUCCCAUCAAACUGUCCGCUUCUCAGGAAAGAAUCUGCAACCCCUGUCCUCAGGGCUGGAAGCGCUUCAAAUCUAAGUGUUACUACUUCUCUACCGAUGAAAUGAGCUGGAACGAGAGUCUCUUUCAAUGUCAAUCCUUAGGAGCCAACCUGGCAAUUAUAAAGAACAAAGAGCAGCAGAACUUCAUUCGGAAACACACUGGUGGAAACUAUUUUUGGAUUGGACUGACGGAUAAUGCCAAAGAAGGCAACUGGCGUUGGGUGGAUGGCUCUUCAGUGAAUGAAACUGAAAUGUUCUGGGCGACUGGAGAACCAGACAAUCAGUACAAGGAAGAAGGUGAACUCUCCAGCCCUGCGGACUGUGCAGUCAGUCUUCCAUCUAAAAACCAGUGGACUGACUUGUACUGCGAUUUUGUUGACAUCCUGAGGGUGUGCGAGACAGAUGCACUGAACCUGGCCACCGUGUAGCACCCCUUACCUUAAUUACAGUACAGUAUGUCACAUCCUGUUAAUGACUGUUUGGCCUUCAUAUGUCAGUAUAUAAAACGAAUAGCAUUGAAGUAUUUAUUUCUAUCUGGUAAUCACUCAAUUGAAAUUUAAUUUGAAAUAUAACAAUAUGGAUAUGAACUCUACUAAAACUUGAAAUACAAAUCAAAUUGUUCUAUGAGCAUCUCAGAUUAUAAAUAAUAGAGUAAGGUGACUGAGGUAAACAAUGUGUCCAGUAGGAAAAAAAAAUCCAACUUUAUCUACUGUAGGAAAGUAACUUAGGGGCUAUAGAUCCCAAAACAAGAAGACAAGGGGGUCCUGACUAACAGGAGUUUGAACCCUCCUCUGCCCCUGUGCAAGGAAUAGUCCGUCUCUGUUAUUGUGAGUAAAGCAGUAGUAACUUAGUGAGAUGUGUAUUGUUGACUUGAGAGUAGUGUGCUCUAAUAAAGGAUGAAUUUGAAUUUUA